AUGAUAUUCAAUGGUCGAUGUGGUAAAAAACGUCAUAGAUCAAUUGUUUUUAUAUUAUUUCCAACUAUAUUUCUUGUAACAAAUGUAUUAUUCAAUGUACCAAAUAAUUCACUUUUAAAUCAAACUCAACUAAUAAAACCAUUCGAUCAAUCUCUAUUAUUUCCUAUUAACGGUAGUAUUAAAUAUUUAGGUAAAGCAUGUCCAAUUUAUAUUAUUAAUUUACCAUCACGUUCUGAUCGACGUACAGAAUCUGUUGCUCUUAUACAAACAUUAGAUUUACAAGCAUUUAUUGUUCCAGCUUAUUCAAUUCAUUCACCUGAAAUUUAUAUUCUUAAUCAAAAUCGUAAUAAACUUUUUUUAAAAUUAACUGAACUAGCUUGUUGGGCAAGUCAUAUGCGUAUGUGGAUAAGUAUUGUUAAUAAUACAUCUUCUCAAAAUAAUAAUACGUGGUCAAUUAUAUUUGAAGAUGAUAUUGAUCUUGAAAUCGAUACACCAUAUAUAAUGCAAUCAUUACCAUAUUCAAUAUGGAAUGAUGCUGAUUUAAUUUAUCUUGGUCAUUGUGCUAAUCCACCUGGAAAACUUAUUUAUCAAUCAUCAAAAUAUAUUUAUCGUCUAUAUCAAGCUCUUCAUCCAAGUUGUACACAUGCAUAUGCAAUACGAUCAAAUACAGCUGAAAAACUUAUAAAUUUAUUAUCAAAACCUUCACGACCAAUUGAUGAUUUAAUAAUAAAACUUGUUGAUAAUCAACAAUUAAUUGCUUAUAGUAUUCAUCCUCCAUUAGCAAUACAAAAAUUAGUUUCUAAAACAAAUCCAUCAGAUGUUAAUCAAAUAAAUCGACAAUCAUUAAUGUAUCAUAUUCAAUUAACAAUUUAUACAUUUAUACAAUGGUGGAAUGGUGUACAACCUUGUAAAGCAUUAAAUAAAUCAACGUUAAAAAAAGCUAAUUUAACUAAAGCAAUAUAUUGGAGAAAAAUGUAUGAAAAAGGUAUUUGGAAAAAUUACACUUGA